AUGAGGAAAGCACCGUUCCCUCCUGGUUUCCGGUUUUCUCCAACUGAUGUGGAACUUGUACAAUAUUAUUUGAAGAGGAAGGUAAUGGGGAAAAGGCUCCAUUUUAACUUCAUUGCAGAGGUCGACAUUCACAAGUAUGCUCCCUGGGAUCUUCCAGGAAAAUCUUGUUGGCAAGGUGAUCUAAAAUGGUACUUCUUUUGUCCGACAUCAAGGAAGUAUCCAACUGGGGCUAGAGUGAAACGUGCCAACGAAUGCGGUUACUGGAAGGCCACGGGAAAGGAUAGAUCUGUUCUUUACAAUGGAGAAGUUUCCGGGUGGAUAAGAACAUUGAUCUUUCAUACAGGUCGAGCUCCAAAAGGAGAAAGAACAGAUUGGGUUAUGCAUGAGUAUAGGCUUGAAGCUAAGAACCUGGCUGAUAGUGAUGUGCUCCUGGACUCGUAUGUGAUCUGUAUGAUUUUCCAAAAAGAUGGGCCAGGGCCAAGAAAUGGUGCAGAAUAUGGUGCACCCUUUAAAGAGGAAGACUGGGCUGAUGAUGAGGCUGAAAUUUGUUCAGAAGCAGUCCCACAUGCAAACAUGCCUGAGCCAAACCUUGUGGCGCCAAGCAACUAUAAUAGUUCCAACAUCCUGGAGGGUAUACACAUAGGUCCUUCAUCUGAAUCGUGCAUAUCAGAUGCUUUACCACCUUCUUGCAAUGUUCUCCAAUUGGUUUCCAGUAAUCAUGUUACGAUGGAGAAGCCUCAUGUUUCCAAUGAUGAUAUCCUGUCAAUGUUGAAUUGCUUUACUGAAAGAAGCACUUCCUUAAUGAAAGAAAAUGACAAAACUGAGGAGCUUGGUAAUGUCAUUCCUUCUGGAAAUGCUAGUGCUACACCUCUUGUCAAUUGUGAUGAUAUUUAUGAAAAUUUAGGAGACUUGGGCAAGCUGGCUACAGUGAGUGAAGAUGGUUAUAAUUUCUCCGCUGGUCAUAAUUCAAUAUGUGCUCCGGCUCAAAUGCUGCUAGGUGACAAUGAGCAAUUCUUGGAGCUCGAUGAUCUUGGUAGAUCCGUUGAAUUGCCAUGA